AUGGGUUCCGAGAAGUCAACAAAGCACCCUCUUGUCUUCGCUUAUUAUGUGACUGGCCAUGGUUUUGGCCAUGCCACCCGUGUUGUUGAGGUUGCUCGACAUCUCAUUCUUGCUGGACAUGAUGUUCACGUGGUCACUGGUGCACCAGACUACGUUUUCACAACUGAAAUACAGUCUCCUCAUCUUUUCAUUCGCAAGGUUCUCUUAGACUGCGGCGCAAUUCAAGCAGAUGCAUUGACAGUUGAUCGCCGUGCUUCACUGGAGAAGUAUUGUGAGACAGCCGUAGUUCCUCGUGAUUCUAUUUUAGCGAAGGAAGUCGAGUGGCUGAAAUCCAUCAAGGCGGAUUUAGUGGCCUCAGAUGUUGUUCCAGUUGCUUGUCGAGCAGCAGCUGAUGCUGGAAUUCGCUCUGUUUGUGUCGGCAAUUUCAGUUGGGACACCAUCUACGCAGAAUAUGUAAUGGUAGCUGAAUAUCAUAUGCAUUCAAUAGUGCGGCAGGUGAUAUAG